AUGACUUCGUCACCAGCCACACCCCGCCCUAACACGGCACCUCAUCCACGGCAUACCAUACUGAAAGACGAUGGAAAGACGCCGACGCGAGUCACCUUUGGCGCCUCCAACGAUAUCCAUAACCAACAGCACGAGCAAUCCCAAAUAGAAAAUGCUAACUCUUCUUCCACGACCUCGCCGAAUAGAGAUUCGAUGGAUGUCGAUAUGGAAGAAUCCGAUAACGAAGCAGGUGGCGACGACAAUGCCAUUUCCGACGGCGAAAGUUUGAACGGCGACGGAACGAAAUCGAAAAAGAAGAAGUCACAACGCUUCUACUGCACCGAUUAUCCUCCUUGCAACUUGAGCUUUACGAGGAGUGAACAUCUUGCCCGUCACAUUCGACUGGACAACCUACGCCAGCACGCUCAAACCGUACAUGUCAACGAGGACAUUCCCAAUGACUCCCUCGCUGCCACGGGUUCUAGAUUCCAGCGUCAAAUGCGCACCGAAAGAGUUCGGCAGGCCGGCAACAGGGCCCGGGCGUCGACAAGUGGUAGCGCUGGUGGCCCCCCUCGCGGGCAUUCAAAGUCGCUCUCGACAUCGAGUAUCAACUCAAUGGGGUCGAUGGCCUCAUCAUACGGAAUGCCUAUGCACGCGGAUCGCCGGAGACCACCCCCUCUUGUCAUGUCUGACCCGCGAUCGAGAAUGUCUGUCGAGUCGUACCGCAGUGGUGCUGACAGCAACUACUCCUACAGGCCGCAUUCUCCCAGCGACUUCAGUACUCCAACGUCAGCCACAUUUUCUACCGCCCAAAGCAGUCCUCGCUGGCCCUCUGGCAUGGGGUCUCCGACAACCUCAGCACACUCACACUCUCGAUCUCAAAGCAUGUAUAUGCCUGACCACAGGAGCUCAGGACGCCGUCUAAGCGUGCCAUCCGGUGUUGCUCCCUUCCAGUCUCACGGGCCUCCUCCCGGCCGCCAUUCCUUCGGCCCGGCGCUCGUGAACAGCUCAAAUGCGGGUGCCUUUUCACCUCCGAACCACGGCUCUGUUCCGCCCGCUGUAGGACCCGCCUCGGCAUGGUCGGGUCGCCGUGAUAGCACGUCGAGCAAUGGUGCAGAUGACGGCUGGCGCAGACGCACUUGGCACCCAGAUAAUCGUGUAUUGAACGGUCAACCACCGCCACUGAGUGCCCAAACCGCUGUUCAUCCAAACCCUCCACCCCCAAUUGCCACACCAGCCGGUGCACAGUCCAACUUACGGCUACCUGGAAUCGAGUCGUUCGAUCCUCUUCCGCAGCGCCCUCCAACGCCUCCUCGCCGCACUCAUUCACCGAUGGCUGUCGAUCCAGAGACCUACCAACGCCGUAUGCCAAAUGCACAGCUGGAUUCUAUUCCCAUGGAUGAUCGACGCAACUUGAACAUGUACGAUGCCAGUCUCCAACGGGGUAUCAACAGGCUUGAUAUUGGACAUCGCACUCCUCCGAACGACAAUGCUAGUAGCUGGGCCACCGAGGUGAACAAGGCAGUCCAAGCCCAAGGCGAGCGGGUGCACAGCCAUGUUCGUUUUGAGGAGCCUCCGCGCGAACGCUAUGGUCCUCCCCCAUCGCGGUCCCUUCACCAGCACACGAUGUCUGCUCCAUCUUUUGCGACAACCCGAGAGGCAAAGCGCCACGGCUGGUACAAUGGACCUGCGGCGCAGCAGAGAGAUGGCCAGUUGGCGCAAGACAACAGAGCCGCUCAGGUUGAUAAGAUGGUGCACCCUAACUUUACCGGAUUUUCUGGCUUCCCUGCGCGAGAGCAGCAGCCGCCGGCGCAGCAAACGCAAGAGCAUCCCGCGAAUAGCCGUUUUGACGCGCUUGUCGCUGUUGCCACGAACGAGAGCUCGACUGCCACUGCUUACUAG